GGGAAUCCUCAUUGAGUUCUGACAGAGCUCAAGUUCACGUUGAGAGGCUCCGCGUGCGCAGACCAACAGCUGAUGUUGUUUAUGUUGAUGACGCAAAACCCGGAACCCAAACACACCUGUGUGAGACCCCCAGACACCCCCCGAGACCCCCGAGACCCCGGACCUCACGCCCUCCAGCGUUGGCUUCCUCCGAGCAUCCACAGCCCCAGCAGCAGCAGCGUCAGUCCGGCCGGAGCGCAGGAGCGCAGAGCGGCUCUCCCCCGCUGCACGAGCGGCUCCAGGAGCGGCUGAGCUCCGCGCCCGCCCCCGCUCCGGACCCCUCUCCCUCCGGAGACAUGGCAGCCACCAAAGCGGAGCUGCUGCUGUCCGCCCUGCAGAUCUCGGAGCCGCUGGCCGGCUUCGGGCCGCCGCUGUCCCCGCUGGACGGAUACCCGAAGCUGGAGGAGCUGCAGAUGCUGCUGCAGAGCGCCGCGGCCGGAGGCUCGCUGCUGGCCGGCUCCGCGGCGGACGGAGUCCCGCUGCUGGGCGCCGAGCCCGGGGAGUUCGGAGACUUGUCAGACCUCCCGGACCUGCAGAGCCUCCCUCCUCUCACGCCCCGCCCCCACACUCUGGCGUACAGCGGCCGCUUCUCCUUCGAGCCGUCCGGUUCGGCGUCGGGUGGAGCCAGCCUGUGGGCGGAGCCUCUGCUCAGUCUGUUCUCGGGGUUGGUCAGCGUGGCGGCCCCGCCCCCCGCGGCGUGCAGCCUGGCCCCGUCCUCGAUGGUAUCUUCAGUAUCAACAUCGUCCUCGCCGGCGCAGCCGAGCUUCAGCUGCAGCGCCACCGACGUGGCCUCCAUCUUCUCCACCGCCGCCGCCGCCAGCCCCCUCGGCUCUCAGCCGGCCCCCGCUGCCUUCCCACCGCAGGCUCCGCCUCCCGCCUACCCCGCCUCCCGUCUCGGCCUCCAGCCGCCCUCCAUGGUGGUCCCCAUGCUGCCGGACUACCUGCUGCCGGCCGGUGAGCUCAGCUCCGACCUGGACCAGAAGCCGCCGCCAUCCCUGCAGCAGCAGCAGCCGCCGCUCACACCGCUCUCCACCAUCAAAGCGUUCUCCUCCCAGAUGCAGCCGCAGGGCGCCGCCGUCCAGCCCCAGCUCGCCAAGUCCGGCAGGCCCAGGAAGGCCGGCGCCGCCGGCCGGCAGUGCAAGACGCCGCCUCACGAGCGGCCGUACGCCUGCCCGGCGGACGGGUGCGACCGCCGCUUCUCCCGCUCCGACGAGCUGACGCGGCACGUGCGCGUGCACACGGGCCAGAAGCCGUUCCAGUGCCGCAUCUGCAUGCGCAGCUUCAGCCGCAGCGACCACCUGACCACGCACAUCCGCACGCACACCGGCGAGAAGCCGUUCGCCUGCGGCGAGUGCGGCCGCAAGUUCGCCCGCAGCGACGAGCGAAAGAGGCACGCCAAGAUCCACCAGAGGCAGCGCGAGAGGAGGGCCGAGGGCCCCCCCUGCGCUCCAGUUGCCACGCCCCCCACCUCCUCGCCAUGCUCCACGUACCCCUCCCCCACACACAGCUCUGCCUCCCCCUGCUUCACCCCCCCAUUAUCUUCCUCGUCCUCUCUGUCGCAGCUCUACACCUCCUCGCCGUCCCCCCACCUGUACUCCUCCUCCUCCUGCUCCUCGCCGCCCAUGGCGAGUCCCCAGGCGGAGCUGCCCUCCCCCCACAUGUGCUGACCUUUGAUUUCAGGAGCGGAAACAUCGUCAUCGCCCCCUGGUGGCUGUGUCAUUUAAGCCCCGCCCCCUCAUUAACUGAACACAAAGAGGAAAGCUCUGUCAGAAAGCAACAUGAACUUUUUGUCAAAGUUUGAGCACAAUAUUUUGACAAUAUUUGAAUUAUCGCGCCAUGGCGCCUUGUUUGCACUACAUGUACUAAGCCCCGCCCCCUUCUUAAAUUUGAAAUUUAGGUGGUGUGUGUGUGGCACUGUGUAUAUUCACAAGUAAAUUGUGUACAUAGAGUUUCACCUACUGAGUAGGUCCUGGGAUGUUUGUAUAUUUACAUACAAGUGUGAUUUUUAUACUGAACAUGUUUUGAGAAUUAAAAAAAAUCAAAAUACUG